GCAGCCGGAGCCGCGGCGGCGCGUCUGGCUCGGCGCGGCGCUGGCUGCAGCGAGGCGAUUUCAAGAGCCGCCUCCCCGUGCACAUCUGGGUGAGCGUAGGUCCGCAGAGUCUGCGAACUCCGAAGAUGGAGGUUCAGCUUGGUUCGAUUCAUCGAGCAGCUGGUGGCAGAGCGAUUCGUCCAGGCCAUCUGAUUCGCGGGGCGGAUGGUCGCAGAGCGACUGGUCUCAAGGCCGGGAGUGGACUGCCCCUCAGGGUCCUUGGCGCGCGGCCGAGGAGCCCCAGGUGGCCGGUGACCCCUUGCUUUCGAUGUCCCUGAAAUCGCUGGAGCAGCUCCUGGCUGGGUCCUCCGGCGAGCAGGAUCGAGCCUUGCCUUCACUACUUGAGCGCCUGCAAAGACAGAUAUCGAGCUCCGCAGAUGUCUCGCCUGCGCAGCUCGUAACCUGCCUGCAGCUGCUGUGCGGCAUCGACGCACCCAGGCUCCUGGGCCUCGUGGCGCCACGGGCCGCAGCAGCGGCCGGAAGGCUGGCUCCCCAGGAGCUCGUCAAUGCCGCAAGGGCCCUGGCACACUGCGCCCAGCGGGCAGCCACUGCGGACCUGGCGCGGGCGCUGGGCACAGUGAUGGCUGAGGCGUUAUGCAGGCAUCGCGGCCUCAGCCUCGAGCAGCUGGCGGCUCUCGCGGCCUCCCCGGCACCCCGCCGGGGCGCUGUGCUCCAGGCGCUGCUGCUCCAUGCCGAGGUGGACCGUCCUCCGGAUGAUUCACCGGAGGACGAGGACGCCGCGCUUGCGGCCGCACUGGAUCGGCUAGCAGAUCAGGCUUCCUCGCUGGCGCCCGAGGACUUGGUCUUAUCCCUCUCCGGGCUUGCUGUGCUCGCGGUCCGUGAUGACUUGGCUGCUGCUGUCCUAUGCGAGGACCUGGCGGCCCGACUCCCAGCCCUGGGCUGCUCGGAGCUUGCGCUGCUCAGCUGGGCCCUGG